CUCAUAGAUUUUCCUUAAUUGAAAAAAGAGAAAAAAAAAAAAUUCUAUAUCCGGUUGUCAAAUCUAAUGAAGAGAGAAGAAGAAGCCAUCAUCAUUAACUAACGGUCAGAACGUUCCUGCAUGAAAAUGGGAAAACUGUUCCUUGGAAAUAGGGAAGAGUUCUCUGAAUCAUUUUGAAAUUUUGAAAUAUCUACUAAAUCCUACGAUGCAAAGUUCUUUGAAGGCCGAAUAGACGCAAAAUUCUUGGCGCGCAGCGGGUAUCUCUGGCGGUUGAAUAUUACGUUCAUUAGGCUUCUCUUGGCUAUCUUUUCAGACUUCAGUUGUUUGCGUAUUUGUCUGUCUGGCAACAAAUGGUAAGAAUGUUAAGGGCUUGCAUACGAUCUUUGUUGAAGUUCGUUAAUUCUGGAAAUGGGAUGGUCGGAAUCGCCAUGAUUUUAUACGGAAUUUGGUUGAUGAGGGCUUGGCAGAGGCAUUUGGGUCAUUUGCCAUAUGAAGGACCCAAUGACCCAAUUCCAUGGUUCACGUACAGUUUUCUUGGCCUAGGAAUUCUUUUAUGUGUGAUCACAUGCUUGGGUCAUAUUGCAGCUGAAACUGCUAAUGGUUGUUGCCUUCAUCUGUAUAUGUUGCUUCUCUUUAUGGUUAUCAUGGUUGAGGCUGGGGUGACAACAGAUGUAUUUCUGAAUCGUGACUGGGCGGAGGAUUUUCCAAAAGAUCCGAGUGGAUGCUUUGAUCAGUUCAAACAUUUCAUCAAAUCAAACUUCAAUAUCUGCAAAUGGAUAGGGAUCUCAACUGUGUCUAUUCAGGGUUUGUCUCUCUUGUUGGCAAUGGUACUAAAAGCAAUUGGAUCCCGUCGAUAUUACGAAAGCGAUGAUGAGUAUGCUCCUGAGAGGCUUCCAUUUCUUAAGAAUACUCUUCACUCACCAACUGCAUGUGUUAUUGGGGACCCUGUCUUUCCAUCUAAAAAUGAUACAUGGAACAAACAAACCGAGGACAAGUAACCCUGCAGAAGAAGCAGCAUAUUUAUUAACUUUUAUUGAAUUCGCCCAUUGCAUUUCAGGAAAGAGUCAUAGGCCCAUAAUCCAAAAGUGUGAAUCUGACAUGGAAUUCUCGGUAGCAACACAAUGUAAAUGAAUCUUCUCAUGGAUCGUUAGCCAUUUUCAUUUUUUAAUACUGUAGAUCAUGUCAGCUGAAGUAAUUUUAUGUUUAAUAUUGAAUAACAUCAAGUUUAGAGGUUCUUAAAAUUAAAAACACAAAAUUUUCUCUUGCAGAAAAAUAUUCCUGAUGGGCUCUCAGAUGUCAUUGAGAAUACAAAUAUAAUAUGUAAAUAAUAUUAUAGGCAUUGGGGUUCACGUAUUGUUCUAGUAAAAUUAGUUUAUUGAUGGUAUCUGUUUCUAAAAUCAUUUUAUAAAUAUGAUUCUUUGCCAUA